AACCGAAGCUACACAUGUGUUGUUACAUUGUCAGCGUUUCUGCUUUUAUGUUCGGUGUUAUAAGCGGGCCAGUCAUGGUGGAAGGUUAAAAAAAGAAGUGAUUAUAAAAGAAAAGACGCUGGGUGUGUUUGUUAUAUCAGUAUUUGGUGGUCACGUGGCCUGACAAUGUUUAUGAAAGGAAGAGUGGGAUCUAGGUUACGCAAAGUAAACGACACGUUACGAAACCUUAGCUAUUGUAACCCUCACUGCUUUUGCUGGGAUUUAACAGUUAAUUCAUAUUUAAGAAAUGUUCUAAAGUUUAGAGGCUCUACUUCAAUUAAUACUACAUGAACGAAUAAUAAAGAAUAUCAUCAUAAACUCUGGGUUGUGUUCGUAUCAUUGCCAGAACCUGCGAUGCCUGAUCAACUGCCUCCAAACCCUGCUGGGACACUGCUAAACAAGUUCCCCCAGGGGAGCCUGCCAAUGGGAAAAGAAGCUACCAAAGACGGCCUACUAGCCAGAGGCCAGUGGGCCUCCAAGGCUGAGUUCCUUCUGGCCGUAGCCGGGCAGAUCAUCGGUCUGGGAAACGUCUGGAGGUUCCCUUACCUCUGCUACAAAAAUGGAGGAGGGGUGUUUUUUGUACCUUACCUGUUGUUCCUGGUGUUGUGCGGCAUCCCCCUCUUCCUCCUGGAGACCUCACUGGGACAGUACACCAGCCUGGGAGGGGUCAGUGCCUGGAGGAAUAUGUGCCCAUUAUUUGGAGGUCUCGGCUACGCUAGCCAGGUGAUGAUCCUGCACGGCUGUGUUUACUACAUAGUCAUCCUGGCCUGGGCUCUCUUAUACCUGUCCUACAGCUUCCAGGCGGAGCUGCCGUGGUCGCACUGUAAUAACACGUGGAACACGAAAGCGUGUUUCUCAUAUGACUCCUACAACCAAACGGCCAAUGCGAGCAGCCUGCCGGAGAACGCCACUUCUCCUGUCAUGGAGUUUUGGGAGCGGGAGGUGCUCUGCCUGUCCAGCACUUUGGACGGGCUCGGCCCGAUCAGCUGGAAGCUGGCUCUGUGUUUGGCCGCCGUCUGGCUUAUCUGCUACUUCUGCGUCUGGAAGGGAGUCAAGUCUACCGGGAAGGUGGUGUACCUGACAGCCACCUUUCCAUAUGUAAUGCUGUUUGUGCUGCUGGUGCGUGGUGCCACCCUGCCCGGAGCCACCCAGGGAAUCAUCUACUACCUCAAACCCAACGUUACCCGCCUGGCAGACCCACAGGUAUGGAUGGAUGCUGGUACCCAAAUAUUUUUCUCUUAUGGAAUCUGCUUGGGAAGUCUCACAGCUCUGGGCAGUUACAACAAAUACAACAAUGACUGCUAUAAGGACUCUUUUAUGCUGUGCCUCCUGAACAGCGCCACCAGUUUCCUGGCAGGAUUCGCCAUCUUCUCGGUGCUGGGAUUCAUGGCUGAGGAACAAGGCGUGGACAUAGGCACCGUAGCCCAAUCAGGACCCGGGCUUGCCUUCAUCGCCUACCCGAGAGCUGUAGCCAUGAUGCCCGUACCCCAACUCUGGGCUGUCUGCUUCUUCCUCAUGAUCAUCAUGCUGGGGUUGGACACACAGUUUGUGAGCCUGGAGGCCCUGAUGACAUCCGUGACUGACCUGUACCCUCACCUGAUUAGACGAGGUCACCGCAGAGAGCUGCUGUUGCUGUUUGUCUGCAUCGUCUGCUUCCUGGUUGGACUGGUCAUGGUCACACCGGGUGGUCUGUAUGUGUUCCAGAUCUAUGACCAUUUCUCCUGCAGUGGAGCCAGUCUGCUGCUUCUCUCCAUCUUCCAGUCUCUGGCCAUCGGCUGGGUCUACGGAGCAGAGCGCUUCAGCGCCAACAUCAGGGAUAUGACCGGCCACAGCCCUCUUCCUUUUUUCAACCUGUGCUGGAAAUACUUGACCCCGAUCGUGUGCACUGCCACAUUUAUAUUUUCCCUGGUGCGCUGGUCACCACUGAGCCUGGGGAAAGGACUGGUGGCUCCAGUAUGGGCCACAACGCUGGGCUGGAUCCUGACCCUCUCAUCCGUUUCUCUGCUUCCCAUCUGGGCCAUCUACGCCCUGGUCACUACCCCGGGAACCCUGACGCAGCGCUUCCAAAUCCUGUGCAGCCCCGUUGAAACCCCGUCACUGACCUUCCACCACCUCUCCAACCAGUCAGCGAUCCCCUCCAGCCCCAGUCUGCCUCUCACUGAGAAGUCAAAGGCACCGUUAAAAGAAAUCAUCUAGGACAAGACGACCCGACAGACACUUAACAACAAUGUAACAGUGGCUGCUGCUCGGUCAGUCGGGUGUGUCAGGCCGGAGGGUCAACUUUAGAGCUAAUGCUGCUGGAUACCAACAGAGGGGCUGGAUCCUCAUCAGUCUGUACUUGCUGACUAAAUAUGUUGUAAUCAAAAGGUGAUCCUUCAAUUAUGGGACAUCCACAUCAUCUACAACAGCCUUCAUCUACAGGAGCAUUUAAAUGAUAAAGCUGAUAUAUUUUCCACAUAUUUAACUUUAGAAGGUUAUUUUGAAUUAGUUUAGUGAAAACUCAGUUAAAGUAAACAAAUCUAAACAAGACCUACCUGAAUGCACCAUCUCGCUGCUAUUGGAAUAGUUUCUUCAGGUUGGAGCUUUCUACAGAGGGUCCAGCCCUGAACUGGGACACAGUUUGUUUAAUCUUUUACACCAGACCCACACCCUGCCUGCCAGAGCUGGUUAUUGUAAAACAGCACACCCUUCUGGCUUUGAAUCAUGUUAUCUCUUUAUCUGCUUUUUUUUCUGUUGUCUCAGUUUAUUCAUGUAAUUAAGGACCAUAUAAUUACAGCUUCUGCUGCCUGUCUGCGCGCAGGACUAAUGUUCCCUUUAUUUGCCAGCAGUCAUACAUACAUAGAGCUAUACUCUCUAUGAGAGCCUGAGAGAUUACCGUUUGCGUUAGCAUGGCUGCUUUGCUUUGGAGUCCAUUAGUGCAUCGAUUCAUUGGGGUGAAGGUAUAAACUGAAAUGACUCCAUGAGUCAGGCGUGUUAUGCAGUAAUUUAUAGGGAUGGGUUUUUAUUUUUUUCUCAUACUUCACCCUCUCUGAUGGCAAUAUCAUGGCAUCUGAAUGGAUCAUAACACGUUUUACCCUCAGACCAAGUAGAGAAGACAUUCAGUCUAGUCCUUUUUAUUGUUGCCAACGCACAGGUGCUUGAGAUCAAGUGCAACAAUCGGUUUUCAUCCAUCACACGUCUUUGUUGUUAAAAAGUUAAUUACUGUUGUUUUUGUUUUGGGUUUUUUUUUUGUUACUUCGUGCAACUGUGCAGUUUUUAUAAAGAUUUGAGGCAUUAUUUAGACAGCUGUGCACUGUAGGGAAACAUGCAUACAGCCAGCAUGCAGUACUGCAGUACUGCUGCUGCGACCGUUUUGUCAGAAAAAUAUAUCUGACUUUAUUUUUUAAUUUCGUGCAUCACUUUUGAGUUGAAAUGUUUUUAGUUGUUCGACCUCUUCAUUGUGAUUUUCUGUGCAGCUCUAACGUGUGAACGCAGUAGUGAUGUGUAGACUCUUUGAAGACAGCGUGUAAAUGGUAGAUACGUUUACAACAUAGAAAACUAACACCGGGAGUGCGAUGAAGGAAUGUGUCCUAUUUGAACAACUUCAGUUCCUUAUGUUUGGACUUGAAAUGUAAAUCAAGAAUAUGUUUUAAUUAUUUACACUCUACUUUCACUCCUGGUUUUUUUCUAUCACCGUUCAGCCUAGUGGAGGCGACGUCUCCAGUAACUUAAUGUACUUUAGGACAGAACCUGUUCUUCACUGGAAACGCUUCUUCUUGAGCAAUUGUGAUGUGUUCAAAUGCAGUAUGUUCAAAGAUAUAAAGAGACCCUUGUGGAAA